AUGGGAUUAGCAGACAAGAUUCAAAGCAAAAUUAGUAAAAAGGAUGUCGACGAUGUUGACAAACAAGGUGGUAAAGUCAUAGGUAAAGAUAAUCUUACUGGAGAGGUCCAAAAGCAGUAUAAAGAGGGCAAUUUAAACAAGGAAGAAGCUUCCAAGUAUGCGAAUGACUUAGAUAAAAAGGCAGGAAAUGCAAUUGGCAAAGAGAACAUAUCUGGUAUCGAAGGUGGAAUUGGUACCAAAUUUGGUUCUAAAGGUGAUUCUAAGACUGGAGCUUCUUCCACUGGUAAAAAUUCCGACGCAGGUAACGUGUCUGGAAGUGGUCUAGGAUCCGGUGCUGCAGUAGGUGCUGCAGGUGCUGGCGGUGCUGCUUAUGGUUCCUCAAAAUCAGGGGGAACGACUUCUGAUCCUUACAGUAAGGAUUCUUCAAGGUCGAAUGCUACGUCUGAUCCAUAUGGCAAAAGCUCAACAACUGGUUCCAAGGGUGAUUCUUACACAUCGAAUGCAGGAAGUGGUGCCCAUGGGUCUUCAGGUUACUCAGGGUUCGACACCUCUGGGAGCGGCGUAAAGUCUCAUUCGGGAGUUGGAACAUCAGGAAAAGGCAACUAUGGUUCUAAUUCAGGAAGUGGUCAACAUUCGUCUACCAAUGACUAUGCGAUAUCUGAGGAUCAAUCUAGAGCCGCUGUAGUCGAUUCUUCUGCGCCUUCUGGUGCAGCUGGAUAUGUGUCGUCAAGAAAUGACGUUCCUCACAAAACCGCUAGAGAUAGUCAACAUUCCAAUGCAGGUAACGCAGCAUAUGGUUCAGGCGCUAACUACCUGUAUGGGAAGCUGUCUACAUCCAAGGAUGACACGAGCUCCAACAGUGGCUUCAGUACUGGAAAUGAUAAGUUAGACUCAAGAAUUAGCUCUUUGGACCCGUCGGUUCAGAAGCAAGCCAAGGAAGCCUUCCACAAAGGCUACAAGGAUGCCCAGGAUGCAUUCAGGACCUAA